AUGCCUAGCCCAUAUGACGGUAAAAGAACAGUAACUCAGCUUGUUAACGAGUUAGAAAAGGCAGAAAAACUAUCCGGUAGAGGCAGAGCUUAUAGAAGGGUUUGUGACUUAUCACACAGCAAUAAGAAAGUAAUUUCAUGGAAAUUUAACGAAUGGGAUUAUGGCAAAAAUACUAUCACUUUGCCAUGUAAUGCAAGAGGCUUAUUUAUUAGCGAUGAUACAACGAAUCCAGUUAUUGUUGCUAGAGGAUACGAUAAGUUUUUCAAUGUAGGCGAGGUCAACUUUACCAAGUGGAAUUGGAUUGAAGAGAACUGUACAGGGCCUUACGAUGUCACUAUAAAAGCCAAUGGUUGUAUCAUUUUUAUAUCUGGUUUAGAAGAUGGUACCUUGGUAGUUUGUUCGAAGCAUUCUACUGGACCCAGAGCAGACGUAGACAGGAACCAUGCAGAAGCAGGUGAGAAGCAACUUUUAAGACAACUGGCGGCAAUGAACAUCAAUCGAAGUGAUUUUGCUAGAAUGCUAUAUACCCAUAAUGUCACCGCUGUGGCAGAAUAUUGCGAUGAUUCAUUUGAAGAACACAUCUUAGAGUAUCCCCUUGAAAAAGCUGGCCUAUACUUACAUGGUGUAAAUGUUAAUAAAGCGGAAUUUGAAACUUGGGAUAUGAAAGAUGUUUCGCAAAUGGCGAGUAAAUACGGAUUCAGGUGCGUCCAAUGCAUUACAUCGAACACCUUGGAGGAUUUGAAAAAGUUCCUAGAUAACUGCUCUGCAACCGGAUCUUUUGAAGGGCAAGAGAUUGAAGGUUUUGUUAUCAGGUGCCACUUGAAGAGUACUGAAAAGCCAUUUUUUUUCAAGUAUAAAUUUGAAGAACCGUAUUUGAUGUACCGUCAGUGGAGAGAAGUUACUAAAGACUAUAUUUCCAACAAGUCAAGAGUGUUUAAAUUUAGAAAGCAUAAAUUUAUAACCAACAAGUAUCUUGAUUUCGCAAUCCCAAUAUUGGAGUCAUCACCCAAGAUCUGUGAGAAUUACUUGAAAGGUUUUGGUGUGAUUGAAUUGAGAAAUAAGUUUCUACAAUCAUAUGGCAUGAGUGGGCUGGAAAUCUUAAACCACGAAAAAGUGGCCGAGUUGGAAUUAAAAAACGCCAUUGAUUAUGAUAAAGUAGACGAACGCACUAAAUUUUUAAUCUUUCCAAUAUCAGUUAUUGGAUGUGGCAAAACAACAACUUCCCAGACAUUAGUGAAUUUGUUCCCUGACAGCUGGGGUCAUAUUCAAAAUGAUGAUAUUACAGGUAAAGAUAAAUCUCAAUUAAUGAAAAAAUCAUUGGAACUAUUAUCCAAAAAAGAAAUCAAAUGUGUCAUAGUUGACAGAAACAAUCACCAAUUCCGCGAAAGAAAGCAAUUAUUUGAAUGGUUGAAUGAACUAAAAGAAGAUUAUUUGGUGUAUGAUACGAACAUCAAGGUAAUCGGCGUGUCAUUCGCGCCAUAUGACAAACUAUCGGAAAUAAGAGACAUAACACUGCAAAGAGUAAUCAAAAGAGGUAACAAUCACCAAAGUAUUAAAUGGGACGAAUUAGGAGAGAAGAAAGUGGUAGGCAUCAUGAAUGGGUUUUUGAAAAGAUAUCAACCUGUUAAUUUAGACAAAUCACCAGAUAAUAUGUUUGAUUUAAUGAUAGAGUUAGAUUUUGGACAAGCAGACUCUUCAUUAACCAAUGCGAAACAAAUCCUCAAUGAAAUUCAUAAAGCUUAUCCAAUUUUGGUACCAGAGAUCCCGAAAGAUGAUGAAAUUGAGACAGCGUUCAGAAGGAGCUUAGAUUACAAACCUACUGUGAGAAAAAUAGUUGGUAAAGGCAACAAUAAUCAACAAAAAACGCCUAAGUUAAUUAAACCUACAUAUAUCUCAGCUAAAAUAGAAAACUACGAUGAAAUUAUUGAAUUGGUCAAGAGGUGUAUUGCUAGCGAUGCAGAGCUGACUGAGAAAUUCAAGCAUUUACUAGCUAGUGGAAAAGUUCAGAAGGAACUUCAUAUAACAUUAGGUCAUGUCAUGUCGUCCCGUGAAAAAGAGGCAAAAAAGUUGUGGAAAUCAUAUUGUAACAGAUACACUGACCAGAUAACGGAGUACAAUAACAACCGCAUAGAAAAUGCACAAGGCUCUGGUAAUAACCAAAAUACGCAGGUAAAAACGACCGACAAACUGAAUUUUAGGCUCGAAAAACUAUGUUGGGAUGAAAAAAUCAUUGCUAUUGUAGUGGAACUGUCUAAAGAUAAAGAUGGAUGCAUAAUUGAUGAAAACAAUGAGAAAAUUAAAGGGUUGUGUUGUCAAAACAAAAUUCCUCAUAUUACGCUGUGCAAACUUGAAAGUGGUGUUAAGGCUGUUUAUUCCAAUGUUCUAUGUGAGAAGGUUGAAUCUGCUGAAGUUGAUGAAAAUAUAAAAGUGGUGAAAUUGGACAACUCGAAGGAAUUUGUUGGCAGUGUAUAUUUAAAUUUUUAG